AUGAAAGACCCGACGCUUCAUGUUGUCACGCCUGGAGAGGUUAUCACUUCGGACACAGCAUUCAUGCGUGGACACGGAACUUACGUUGAGCAGGAAAAGGUGCUUUCGAGUGUUGCAGGAGUGGUUGAUCGUGUCAAUAAGCUGAUCUCUGUUAGACCGCUGCACACAAGAUACACAGGAGAGAUCGGAGAUGUUGUUGUGGGUAGGAUCACAGAGGUGGCUCAAAAGCGAUGGAAGGUCGAUGUCAAUGCUCGCCUGGAUGCAAUUCUGAUGCUUAGCUCUGUCAACUUACCCGGAGGUGUUCAGAGGAGAAAACAAGAAUCAGACGAAUUGCAGAUGCGCAACUUUUUCAUGGAAGGUGAUCUGGUCGUGGCCGAGUUACAGACGUUCUUUGCCGAUGGCGCCUACUCGCUUCACACACGUAGCUUGAAAUACGGAAAGUUGCGCAACGGAUCUUUCAUUUCGGUAUCUCCAGCAUUGGUACAGCGAUGCAAGUCCCAUUUUCAUGCUCUGCCCUGCGGAGUUGACUUGAUCUUGGGAUUGAACGGAUACAUUUGGGUGAGCGCCCAUGUCCCUCAGAACUUGGAUGAAAUUGAUACAGAGCAGGUCUAUUCGAACAAGAACAAGGAGGAUAUCACACUGGCGGAUCGAGAGGCCAUUGCGCGUGUGGUCAAUUGUAUUCGGGCGCUGGCGCAGGAGUUCAUCUUUAUUAACGACACCAUUAUCUCGUUUGCGUACGAGGCGUCAUUACAGUAUACGCUAAAGGAUAUGCAUAAGCGAGAGGUCAUGUAUGCUAUCGCCUCGGAGGCAACGGCAAUGGUGGAGAACAUGAAGGGAUAG